AUGACGGAGGAAACAGAAAAGGAAGAAGGAAUGGAGCAAGUUCAUGGAUGGUGCUACAGAAUGCAGCACCUCCUACCCAGUCUCAUCAUCGUCUGCAUGGCCAUCUAUGAAAUUGCUGAGGCGCUACUCAAAACCUCUGCCCGCCUCCAUAUCCUACGUCUUUCCUGCCUCUACAUUACCAAAGACUCCAAACUCUGUCGUCACGAGCCGAACAAAACAGUGGGUGCAGAAGUCGAUGGACGCAUUCAGAGCGUGGCCGCGCCCUACAUUAUCAGCUACACUGUGUUACUGAAUGGGCCUGCAAUAAUUUCCUGCCUCUUCUUCGGCUCGUGGUCGGAUCAUCACGGUAGGAAGAAAGUACUGUUGCUUUCGCUAGUGGGGCAAAUCCUCGCUUGCGUCUCUUUUAGCUUCUCUUACAUACCGGGCGUGGGCCACAUUCCUGGGGGCACCUUGUGUCUCCUGGUCGGAGUCCUCAUUUAUGGCAUAUGCGGCAAAAGCACCGUCUUCCUGAUUGGUGCGAGCAGCUACGUGGCGGACUGUAGCACCAAGGAGCGGCGCACCCGCCUACUUAGUCGCCUCAUCGGUGUGGGCUUCUUCGGCAACUGCAUCGGCUAUGCGCUCGUUUCCCUCUUCAUCACUUUUCAGUGGAUUCUAGUGGCAGUCAGCGUUACCGCUGUGGUCCUCUUUGUGGCCAUACACCUUUUCAUCAAAGAAACCAUCACCUACGAUCCACAUAAGAUAAUGAAUGAGCAGAUGAUUAAAGCGUAUGCAGCAACUAGAAGAGCUGAGACCAUGGGAGUGGAAGACGGUGAAGACCACACAACGAAGAAUGGGCCCUAUUCAAAGACUGGAGAUUUUGAGAAUGCCAUGUUUGUUCCUCCAGGAAGGAAAGAGCUCACAGGGAUGUGUUUUACAGUAGCCCAUAUUAUUUGCUUCUUGUUGAGAAAGCGUGAUCGAUGUGAUCGAGCACACAUAAUCAUACUCCUCCUCUGUUGCUUCAUCAACCACAUGGCGAAGGUGGGUGAGAAUGACGCAAUGCUGCUCUACGUGACAUGCGAGAGAGUUGGCUGGAAUGAUAAGAUCUAUGGGGCGUAUUUGAGCAUCAGCUACGUGGCAAUGUCCCUCCAGUUGUUGGUGGUUUACCCAUUGUUGGAGCGGCUCUUCAAUCCCUCGGAUAAAACUUGCAUUAUCUUUGGCGCCUCUGUCAGGAUUUUGACAUUUACAGCCACUGGUUUGACCAAAAAAACUCCCCUCCUCUUUGUCUACGGCCUUCUUGGCUCCUUCGGAGCUUUUGUGACCUGUGCCGGGCGCUCCAAUUUGACAAAACUCACAUCAGAGGAGGAGGUUGGUACUAUGCUUGCUCUGACAAGCUUUCUGGAGGUCCUUUCAGCAACCGUUGGCUCCAGCCUAUUUACAGAAAUCUUUGUCUCCACGCAGAAACAUUUCGCUGGAACCGUCUUCUUCAUCCUCGCGGCGUUGCAAGGUGGUAUAUUGAUGAGCAUUCUGUGUUCUCGAUAUUUCGAAAACAAAUCUUAG